AUCUUAAACUCAUAAUUUGUCAGGAAUGAAAGAUAUACAAUUGUGAUAAUAUGUUUGACCGUCAAGAUUGGCUCUUAACGUAACAAAGUAUCGCUGGAGUAGCCUGAAAAACGCACACUCGGGAGAGGGACCCCUCUUGUCACACUUACAAGUUAUGUCCCUCAGUCCUAAACAAACUACGCCGUUUUCCGUUACUGACAUCCUUAGUCCUAUUGAAGAAACUUACAAGAGAACCACCAUUGAAGCUACUAUCCCUCCCCUCAAUCCUUACAGGAAUCACACGCAGUACCCCAACCCUCAGAUGGGCAGCAUGAGUGUACCAGUCACCAACCCUUACCAUGCAGGAUAUGUUCCUCAGCUUUCCCAUCACGCCCCAUCCUACACCUCCCAGUUCUGCAACGGGACGGAGUUUGGACAUUACGGAGACCCUACAAGACACGGGUCCUCAAACUGGUAUGGCACCAAUCCGGACCCUAGACUUGCAAUAUCCCGUUUGAUGGGUGGUCCGAGUUCUUGUGCCAUGUCUUCAAUGUCGUCUGGCAUGCAUAAUAUGAAUAUGUCAGCAUUAGGGGGACUGGACCAGCAUAAGGCGGGAGGCAUUCAGUUUCCAAUCACCCAGAGAAGGAAGCGACGAGUACUGUUUUCACAAGCUCAGGUGUACGAGCUAGAAAGACGAUUUAAACAACAGAAAUAUCUAUCAGCCCCCGAGAGAGAACAUUUAGCUAGCAUGAUCAAUUUAACACCAACUCAGGUUAAAAUAUGGUUUCAAAACCACCGAUACAAAUGUAAACGACAGUUAAAGGACGCCAAAGAGAAAACCGAUUCCUCGUCUCCUCCAUCAUCGCCAGCGUCCUCACAGCAAGAUUCACCGCGCCAGCCGUCACCCAGAAAAGGAGCCGUGUCCAUACUGGUAAAAGACGGAAAACCGUGUUCCGGUUCCGGAACAUCAGACAUAGAAAACCCGGUUCACCAAACACAACCUACGACGAAUUCUCAGUCUAGACUGAGUGUAGGUCGUCAGGGAACGAACGGAUCAUCUCAAAUGUCCUCUCAUGAUCAAUCACCCAAACAUUUGUCUCAUGUCAUGGCUAACUGUAACAAUUCUACGCACAACUCCAUUAAUUCUCAUUCAACCUACGGGGGAGGAAUACAUUCGGGACUUUAUCCCUCAGUAAGCAUGAAUGGCGGCUUGGGGUCUCCUUACGGAAUCAGUAGUAGAUCAUGGAUAAAACCCGAGGGGAAUGACUUUUACACCGGUUAGCUGAAGUGUUCAGUAUUUAAGGAAAGAACUUUCCCCGAUACAUUGCGAGGACCCGUUUUACGGUAGGAAUUAUGACUUGCAAAGCGCCAAGCAUUUAUGUCCCCAAAUUUAAACAGAACAAUAAAAUGCUGACAAUCCCAAUAAAAGACUGGUAUAAAACUGCAAUAACGUAUCGAUAUCAAAGCAAUGAUGUCGGGAUCGGGCGUCGGGACGGAAGACAGUGUUUGUAUUCCGCGGAUGGAUAUUAUACUCCACUUGCGUCAUUAAUGGAAUUGAUGUGUAAUUUCCUCUUCAUCAAAUAGUGCUUAUUUUGUUGAGAACAAGAUACAAUAAAGUAUACGCAACUUUAUACAUAUAUGAAAAUGAUUUUUCCAUUUUCAGUAAUUAUGUUUUGUGUACUGAGUUUAGCAAAUUAGGAAUAAAUUAUUGAUGGAUUAAAAA